CCGCCGCGUCACAAGCCUGACAGCAGUGCAUGCCACUGCACUUUGCCAUCACGAAGGCCUACAACAAGCGCAGGAACUAUGCUCAGCGAGAAAGCAAAAGGGAAGCAGCGUGAAAUAGACCCGCCCGUUGACAAGGCCUCGUCUUCGGUACCACCGGAUAAUUCAAGAGACCUGACGAUCCGAUUUACUGAGGGUGUCCCCGACUUUAACCUCAAAGUCCAUCCGAAGGACUCAGUCAGGGAUGUGAAAGCUAAUAUAGUUGAAGGUGUCCCCGAAUUGAAAGACCGUCGGCUUCGUCUCAUACACGCUGGGCGCCUGCUAACAGACGGAACGCUCCUUCAUGAAUGGCUGAAGACCCUCGAGGAGCGACAAGUGCGAGCGUCCGCUCGUUCGCAAGAGAUCUCAAAGGACGAUCAACUGGUGACAUGGUUGCAUUGUUCUGUUGGCCCCGUGAUUGAACAGGGAGAGAGUGAAGAGGAGAAACCACAGGUCGCUCAAUUGCAGCCACUGAGGGGAUUUGACAGACUGGCUGCUGCUGGGUUCUCUGAAGACGAUAUCGCAAAUUUCAGACGGCAGUUUCACAGCCAAUCUUCGUCAAAUUAUCUUGACAUUGAGUUUGAGAACGAGGAAGACUAUGACGAACACGCCCGAGCCCUCGAAGAACAAUGGAUAGACUCUAUGGAUAACGUUAACACAGCAUCCCUUUCUUCUGCUUCCUCACAGAGUCUCAUUCUCCGUGGGAUUGUCAUUGGGUUUUUCUUCCCGAUCAUACCAUUUUUCUUCCUGCGUGAAACGAAACCCGCAGUUUUCUGGGAAGAGGGCGAGCACGAGAGUGGGGAGAGCGUUAUAUUUUCACGGCGUACACAAGUGGGGAUUGUGUUUGGAUUCUUGGUGAAUUUACUCUUCGGGAUGUGGAGAUAUCUGUUGGACACAUCGUAGGUGCACAUGUAGUUCUUAUCAUUGGAACAUGUAUAUGGGUAGCAUUGUUGUGGAUCACCAUACCUCGUCAGCUAGGCAGGCAUGCUCUCGGGCUGCACCGCUCCAAUGACAAUAAGUCGAUUUACUCUAUCGCUCUUCUUCCCGACACGUUCACAUUCUAUCCUCGAGCAACAAAUGUAAAAGACUCGUCCUUAGAGUAUCAGACGAUGGAUAGCACGAGGGGGAUGCAAGAAAAUCAUCAGGAUAAUCCUACACUGGCAAGGUAGCAAUUUAACAGGUGCGCCGGAAUCCAAGAUCAAUAGUCUGUACCAGACUGGGAUGCGACAUACUUAGUGCUACACGCCUAUAUGAACGAAAACGAUCGUCUGCUCAAGCGACACUUCCUUCUUCACGGCGUACGUAGC